CUUCCGGGCCGCUGUUCGGGAAGCCUCAGCGGCGGGUGCCUAGGCAGCAUGGCUGUAUUCCGGUCGGGUCUUCUGGUGCUGACGACGCCACUGGCCUCCCUGGCCCCUCGCCUGGCUCCUAUCCUGACCUCAGCGGCCCGCCUGGUGAAUCACACACUCUAUGUACACCUGCAGCCGGGCAUGAGCCUGGAGAGUCCGGCUCAGCCCCAGUCCAGCCCGGUGCAAGCCACGUUUGAGGUUCUUGAUUUCAUCGCGCACCUCUACGCUGGCGCCAACUGCCACAAGCACCUGGACGUCAGAGUUCUACUGACCAAUAUCCAAACCAAGAGCACCUUUCUCCCUCCACUGCCCAGCUCAGUCCAGAAUUUGGCCCACCCGCCAGAAGUAGUGCUGACUGACUUCCAAACCUUGGAUGGAAGCCAGUACAAUCCCGUUAAGCAACAGCUAGAGCGUUAUGCCACCAGCUGUUACAGCUGUUGUCCACAACUGUCUUCAGUGCUGCUAUACCCGGAUUAUGGCACCGGAAUGCUGCCCGUGGAGCCCUUGGAUGUUCCCUUAUCCUCCACCAUUAGGCCAGCUUCCCCUGUGGCUAGGUCUCCAAAGCAACCUGUGCGUGGCUACCACCGUGGGGCUGUGGGUGGCACGUUUGACCGCUUGCACAAUGCCCACAAGGUGUUGCUCAGUGUUGCAUGCAUCCUGGCCCAGGAGCAGCUUGUGGUGGGAGUAGCAGACAAAGAUCUGUUAAAGAGCAAGUUGCUUCCUGAGCUGCUCCAGCCUUAUGCAGAACGCGUAGAACAUCUGAGUGAGUUCCUGGUGGACAUCAAGCCUUCCCUGACUUUUGAUGUCAUCCCCCUGCUGGACCCCUAUGGGCCUGCUGGCUUUGACCCCUCCUUGGAGUUCCUGGUGGUCAGCGAGGAGACCUAUCGUGGGGGGAUGGCCGCCAACCGCUUCCGCCUUGAGAAUGACUUGGAGGAGCUUGCUUUAUACCAGAUCCAGCUGGUGAAGGAUGAAAGCCACAAGGAACACGAAGAAGAGAAAGUCAGUUCCUCCAACUUCCGCCAAAGAAUGCUGGGAAAGCUGCUUCGGCCUCCAAAUAAGAGGCCAGAUGCUCCCUUGCGGGGUCUCUACGUGCUUGGGCUGACUGGCAUCAGUGGCUCUGGGAAGAGCUCAAUAGCUCAGCGACUGAAGGGCCUGGGGGCAUUUGUCAUCGACAGUGACCACGUGGGCCAUCGGGCCUACGCCCCGAGUGGCCCUGCAUCACCUGUGGUGGAGGCCUUGGAACAAGAUAUUCUCCACAAAGAUGGCAUCAUCAAUAGGAAGGUCCUGGGCAGUCGGGUAUUUGGGAACAAAGUCCCUCUAUCCCCUCCCCAGAAGCAGAUGAAGAUACUCCGGACCAUUAUGUGGCCAGUUAUUGCAAAGCUGGCCCGAGGAAUGGAUCUAGCUGUGGCUGAGGGAAAGGAUGUGUGUGUGAUUGAUGCCGCCAUUGCGCUUGAAGCCGGCUGGCAGAAUGUACAUGAGGUGUGGACCGUUGUCAUCCCUGAUGCCCAGGCUGUACGACGCAUUGUGGAGAGGGAUGGCCUAGGUGAAGCUGCCGCUCAAAGCAGGCUACAGAGCCAGAUGAGUGGGCAGCAGCUAUGUGACCAGAGCCACGUGGUGCUGAGCACCUUGUGGGAGCCACAUGUCACCCAACUCCAGUGGGAAAAAGCCUGGAAUCUCCUGCAGAAGCGUAUACCCAAAACUCAUCAUGCCCGUGACUGACAAUGAGUUCUCCGUGGGGCCAAACUGGCCUCUGGAGUAGAUGAGGUCCAGUGGGGUGAGGAGGAAUGGGUACCUUGUGUCUCAUCCUGUCUCAGGCCUAGAGGGCUUCAAGCUAAGGCUGUGCAGGACACAGCUGGGCCCUGGUAGACACAGGAACCCUAUGCAGCAUGCUGAUUUUUAACCAACAGUAAGGAUGUGGCUCAUGGGGGAGCAGGCCCCUAUAGAGUUCCAUCCCCAUUCUUUGCCCACAAAUGUCUGAUGUCCACCACUGACUGGAGUCAGGGCAAAUACUGGAACUUCUAACAGAAUUAAAGGUAAAUGUUUACAGGUG